GCAUACAUAAAUAAAGAUUUAUUUGUAGUUGGGUCGCGUAUUUACCGAAAUGUAAUAGUAGUUUCACGGUCGGGUAUUAGAGGCGUUGCAAAACACCAAAACACAUUUUGUGCAAUAAUAUUUUGUUCAUAGUUGUUGUGCCAUGAAAAUUUACGUCAGCGCUUGGUAGAAAUUUAAUCUCAAUAUAAGGAUUAACAAUGGAUACUAGUUCAUCAGAUGUAUCUGCUUUCCACCAACUUAGCAUUACGGUGGAAUGCGCCCAUCUGCGCUCAAACACGUUCCUGAAGCCGAACCCCUACGUGGAAAUCGUGGUGGACGAGCAGGCGCCCCGCAAAACCGACACGGUGAAGAACACCAUCCAGCCGAAAUGGAACGAGACGUUCACGUUGCUGGUGACGCCGCAUUCGUCCAUCAAUUUCGCCGUGCUGGACAAAAAGAACUUCCGCAAGGACGCGGUCUGCGGCGAGAAACGCGUCGACCUGUUCCAGCUGCUGACCGCCUGCAACGGUAACUGUGAUAACCUCGAGCUGACGCUCGACCUGAUCAACGAGAACAAACAGUCCGAGGCGCAAGUCAAAGUGGGCGAGUUGAUGUGUUUCAUGAAGGGACUGAAGGUGGACAUGUCGAAUCAUGUUCGACCGGGCGCCAGUUCCUCGGCCACGCCCCUCGCGCAGAACAACUCGGACACGACCAAUUCGAGGGCUGUGCUUAAUGGUAUCAAGGUCAGGCAACGGUCUUCGGGUUCGGAGAACGUGCUGCCGUCGUCGUCCAGGGCUGGAUGCUCGGAACGGCGGUCUAACAUCACCCCAUCGAUGAGCACCUCCAGCUUACCCAACGGCAGCAUCGGCCCACCCAUCACUGUGCCAAACGGCGCCUGUGUGGAGGAGGAGCCGAGGAACGAGGAACCGCUUCCUCCUGGAUGGGACAUGCGGUUUGACAGUUAUGGCAGACGAUAUUAUGUUGAUCACAACACAAGAUCGACAUCAUGGGAGAGGCCGUUGCCGUUGCCCACCGGGUGGGAGAUGCGACGGGACAACCGGGGGCGGGUCUACUACGUCGAUCACAACACACGCACCACCACGUGGCAACGACCGGACCACCAAAGACUGCAGCACUUCCAGCAAUGGCAGGGCCAAAGGCAACAUAUCGUUCAGCAGGGCAACCAAAGAUUCUUGUAUCCGCAGACUCAGAACGGAACGACGGCCGGACCGUCCGGUCCAUCCGGCCCGUCGGCCAGCGCCGACGAGGACGAUGGACUGGGACAGUUGCCGGCUGGUUGGGAGAAACGUGUCCAACCGGAAGGCAGGGUGUACUUCGUGAACCACAAGAACAGGACGACGCAGUGGGAGGAUCCACGCACGCAAGGGCAGGAAAUAAGCUCCGACAUAGACGACGUGCCCUUGCCCCCCGGAUGGGAGAUUCGCUACACCGACGACAACAAGCGAUACUUUGUUGAUCACAACACCAAAACUACAACCUUUGACGAUCCACGACCCGGCGCCCCUAAAGGUCCCAAGGGCAUUUACGGCGUGCCUAGAGCUUACGAGCGUUCCUUCAAAUGGAAGAUCAGUCAGUUUAGGUUCCUUUGUCAAAGCAACGCAGUGCCAAGCCACAUGAAAAUACAGGUGUCGCGACAAACUUUAUUCGAAGACUCGUUCCACACAAUAAUGCGUUUGCCAGCCUACGAGCUGCGCAGGCGCAUCUACAUAAUAUUCAAGGGCGAGGAGGGACUGGAUUACGGCGGCGUCAGCAGGGAGUGGUUCUUCCUGGUGUCGCACGAGGCUCUCAAUCCGAUGUACUGUCUGUUCGAAUACGCCAAUAAGAACAAUUACAGUUUGCAAAUCAAUCCGGCUAGCUACGUGAAUCCCGACCAUCUCACAUACUUCAAAUUCAUCGGUCGGUUCAUUGCGAUGGCUCUCUAUCAUGGGAGGUUUAUAUACUCAGGUUUCACAAUGCCAUUCUACAAACGUAUGCUGGGCAAGAAACUGGUGAUGAAGGACAUCGAAAGUAUUGACCCGGAAUUCUACAACUCACUCGUGUGGCUUAAGGAGAACAACGUCGACGACUGCGGCUUGGAAUUGUACUACAGCGUAGACUUUGAGGUGCUGGGCCAAGUGGUGCAUCACGAGUUAAAGAAGAACGGCGACAAAGAACGUGUUACGGAAGAGAACAAGGAGGAGUAUCUGACGCUUAUGACUGAGUGGAGAAUGACGAGAGGUAUCGACGACCAGACCAGGGCGUUCCUGGACGGUUUCAACGAAGUCGUGCCGAUUGAAUGGCUGAAGUAUUUCGAUGAGAGGGAACUGGAACUGCUACUGUGUGGUAUGCAAGAGAUUGACGUGGAGGACUGGCAGAAGCACACCAUUUACAGGCACUAUCAGAGGAGCAGCAAACCAGUCGUUUGGUUCUGGCAGUUUGUUAAACAAUCGGACAAUGAGAAACGUGCCCGAUUGCUGCAGUUCGUGACGGGCACCUGCCGAGUACCCGUCGGUGGAUUUGCGGAAUUGAUGGGCUCGAAUGGUCCCCAACGCUUUUGCAUUGAAAAAGUCGGCAAGGAGAGCUGGUUGCCACGCUCGCACACCUGCUUCAAUCGACUGGACUUGCCGCCGUACAAGAGCUACGAGCAGCUGGUUGAGAAACUGACCUAUGCUAUCGAGGAAACCGAUACGUUCGGACAGGAAUAAAUAAAUGGAGGUGCGUCGAGGCGAAUUGAAUUGGACGGAGUUGGUUGUGGGGACUCGCUGCUAGGGACGUAGAGAGUCGAUGGUUUCUAGUUAAACAAACAGAGAUAAUACUUACAUAUGUGACUACAAGAUCUCAUGAUAAUGUUCGAUUUGUAGGUAUCAUGAACUGCUCAAAAAUGUAUAUUAUUAUAUAUUUUUAUAUCUUUUAUGAGUUAUACACUACCAAAAUACUUCUCAAGACAUUCAAUAAUUUCUCAAUUAGAAAAUGCUUCUCGCAGUUAUAUUAUAUUUAUAUUUUAUUGAUUAUAUACUCCAAAGACUAUAUUUUUUAUUUUAAUUUUUUAAUGUCGAGGGGUGCUUGUUUUGGGAAAGACUAGAAACCUCACUUAUAAAAAUGCUGAGUCCCGAAAACAACUCUUCUCUAGAACCAAAUGAAAUUUCUCUCUUAUAUGUGACUGUACCUGAAAAUAGUAUUAAAAGUCUGGUUAAUUUAAUUUUUGUUUUCGGGCAAAUGGAAUGGUACCUAAGCAAUCUUUGAAUUGAUCUAUUUUCUGUCAAACACAAUUUUGUGCUUGUGCAAUUUACUAAUUUAAAUUGUAAUUGAAUGUGAUAAUUAGACUAUUGGCCUAUCAUUUUCUAGCUUCACCUAAAAACAUACAAUACUUAAUGUAUAUAUAUUUUUUAAAGAUAUUCUACUUGUAUAUUUUUAAAUAUUGUAGAACAAUUAAUUUAUAUUGUAUUAAAAUAUUAUUUACUCACA